AACACCUCCCUCUAAUUUCUAUGGAGAUGACUGGUUGAUUGUCAAUAACCGUUCAUCGCGGGAAAUAUGUCGAUUUUACGUCAAGCGACUAGAAAACUGCGCGGCUGGAGGGACGCACGGCUCGGCAGUUGUCUGCAGGCCUGCGCCGUGCUCCCGCGCAAGGGCAUCGCCACCAGCACGGCGCUGGCACGCCCGCCCGCCCUCACCCAGCUCACGGACGAAGAGCAGAUGAUGAAGGAGGCAGUUGCGAAGUUGGCGGCCCAGAAAAUUGCACCUCUUGUCAGUAAAAUGGAACAAGAGUCAAAGCUGGAUCCUAGUAUCAUUGAAGCUUUGUUUGAAAAUGGGCUGAUGGGCGUGGAAAUAGCAACGGAACACGGGGGCACCGGGUCAAACUUCCUGUCGACCAUCCUGGUGGUGGAAGAGAUCGCGAAAGUGGACGCGUCGGUGUCCGUGCUGGUGGACAUUCACAACACGCUCAUCAACUCUCUCAUCAUGAAGAUCGGCACUCCGCAGCAGAAGCAGACGUACCUCCCUCUGCUGGCCUCGCGCGUGGCUGGAGCGUUCUGCCUGUCGGAGCCUCAGUCGGGCUCUGACGCGUUUGCCAUGAAGACCACGGCGAAGAAGAGCUCGGGCGACUACGUCCUGAACGGCUCCAAGAUGUGGAUAUCCAACGCAGACAUCGCCGGCUUGUUCAUCGUGAUGGCGAAUGCUGACCCGGCUGCGGGCUACAAGGGCAUCACGUGCUUCCUCGUGGACAGAGAGGCGCCCGGCCUGUCGGUGGGCAAGAAGGAGGACAAGCUGGGACUGCGAGCCAGCGGCACGUGCAUGGUCCACUUCGACAACGUGCGAGUUCCAGAGAGCCACAUUCUCGGUGAGUACGGCAAGGGCUACAAGUAUGCGGCGGGCUUCCUGAACGAAGGUCGCAUUGGGAUCGGAGCGCAGAUGGUCGGCUUGGCGCAGGGCUGCCUCGACGCAACCAUUCCCUACACUCUGGACAGAGCGCAGUUCGGCAAGAAGAUCUACUCCUUCCAGGCGAUGCAGCACCAGAUAGCGGAGGCUGCGACGCAGCUGGAGUGCGCUCGCCUGCUCGUCUACAACGCAGCCCGUCUGCAGGAGGCGGGGCUGCCCUUCGUGAAGCAGGCGUCCAUGGCCAAGUACUACGCCGCCGAAGUGGCAGCGCAGACGACGCGCAAGUGCAUAGACUGGAUGGGAGGCGUAGGGUUCACCAAGGACUACCCGCAAGAGAAAUACUUCCGAGACUCUAAAAUAGGGUCCAUCUACGAAGGCACGACCAACAUUCAGCUGAACACCAUCGCCAAGUUUAUACAGAUGGAGUAUUCAUCGUGAACACUUGGUGGGUCUGCCAUCAAGUUUCUUGCCUGUGAGAGCGAGUGUAUACGUGUGUACGUAUACGGCCAUGUGAUAUGUUACGUGCUCCGUCAAGGAUAUGUAUUUUUUAAAUGUAAUUGUGAGGAACAGAAUAUUUUUGUAUUUUGGCAGUGAAAGUCAGUGAUGAGAUUAUUUUUGUACGAGUUUAAUAAUUGUUGUUAAAUUACUUUAUAUGUAAAUGUAUUUGUUCUUAAUCAAUGACAAUAUUAUUUUUUGUAUGAAAUGAAAAACUUUUAAUCUAUACUAAUAAUAAAACUGUUUGUGGCAAAAAGUCUGUACAUUGGAUGAAAUGAUGAAAUAACCAUUGCAAAUGGCUAUUGACACUAUUAAGAGCUUUUUUUUUUUUUUUUUAAAAAAAAUGUGUUUAAAAUUUUUGUCUUUUUGCCUGUUUGUUCAAGCAUCAAUCGAAAACUAAUAAAUGGAUUUUUUUUUUUAAUUAGAAAUGUCUUUGGCUAACUAUAAAAAUCUUAGCUGUAUAUAAUUACAGAAUUCCAUCCAUAAUGGGGUGAAAAGAUGUAAAUUUAAUUUUAAUAUCAUUAAUUAUAUCUCUAAAACUAAUAACGCAUAAGAAAAUAUAUUCAGUACGAAUAAUUAACAUAGGAAAACUACCAACCAUAAUUUAUAAAUUUUGUGAAAUUCAUCCCCUAAGGGUUGUAAAGGGGGUAAAUAUGUUUUAAGAUUCAUAAUUAUAGCUCAAGAUUUAAUCAAACAUAGUAAAUGAUAUUGGGUAUAAACAAAGUACUAAAUGAUAUUAGGUACCAAUAAUAAAUAUACAAAAACUACCAACAACAAUUUUUAAAUUUUGAAAAAUUAAACCCCUAAGGGGUGUAUUAGGGGUAACUAUGUUUUAGCAUAUUACCAAAUUUAUAUCUCCAUAUUAAAUUCAUUAUAAUAAAUUAUUUUGGGUACAAAUAAUAAACAUACAAAAACUAUCAACUACAAUUUUACCAUUUUGUGAAAUUCAAAUCUUAAGGUGUGUUUUUAAAACAAAUAAAUAAUACUUUUAGUUCAGUUAAAAACAUAAUUUUAAAAAAAACUUUCCUCUUGAGUAACCUAUUGCUUAUUUUUGGCGUUUAUUAAAAUUCUUUCAUAAUGGGGGUGAGAACAGGGUAAGUUUUCUUUUAUUUUAAGAAAUCAUGUCUCAGCAACUAAUGUAAAUUAAAGUGUAAAAUAUUAUAAACUAAUUAUUAUUAUUUUACUAAUUUGCAAGAUUCCACCCAUCAGGGGUAUAAUGGGUUUAAGUUCGGUUGUAAGAAAAAAUUGCAUAACUCCGAAUCCACUAGAUCUAUGGGUUAGAAAUUAAGAAUGAACAACAAACAUAUAGAGUUAAGAUUUUGUUAAUUUUUUUUCCCCCUGAUUUCGUCUUUUAAGGGUGUGAAUGAAAAGCAAUUAAGUUUUGUUUUAUCAUAAAAAAAAAUCAUAUCUCCAUAGCAAAUAAAACUGGAUGUAAGAAACGUAAAUAAUUAAUUACGUAGAGUACUUUACCAUUUUUCGAUAUUCAACCCCAAAGGCAGUGAAAUGUAGACAUGUUGGUUUGUAUAUUAAUAAAUCAAAUAUCCAAACAAGUUAAGAUCAAGGUAUGAAACCGAGCAAGAAUAGCGUACAAAAUUAUGAUUCAACAUAAUGUUUUAACUUUUACCAUUUUUCUAGUAUUCGACUGCAAAAGUGUUAUAAAUGGCAUUCUAUUAAUCUGUGAGCCACAAGGUGGUUUGACCGAUCUGUAAGCCGGUCGUGCCAUGAGGCUUUUACAGUUUAAUUUUUUGUAUUAUAAGAAUUGUACGAGUGAUGUGUACCAAGCUCCGUGCAAUAAAUAUCAGUCUCGUCUACCUCUCCGUACCCUUGUGCAUGCUGGCGCCCAUUAAUUCUGCCAUUUAUCCACUAACGAAACGGUCGGCUGUCGUGUCUCGGGGCGUGUGGACUGGGAUCUGUCCUGCGACCUGCCAGGUUACCGAAGGUGAAUAUUUAGUGCCAUCUUCUACCGACCGCGUCCCACGGGUGGCGGAUGUGGGAUCCCAGCCCGAGAGAUGCAAUCUCGCUGGAGUGACCGUGAAUAACCAACAGCAGUCCGCGGACCACUGGCGGGCCUGGUUGGGUCGUUAUUACGUCUAUCGAGGUGAAAGGCGGCCUGGAUGGAGAUCGGCGCGCAGCGAAGGCACCGCAGGGGAGCUCGAUGUGCCCUGGAGGCGAAAGGUAGACGAACUGCAGGCUGGAACUGAUGUAGCUGUGGAAUGCUGCGUGCGCAGCGUUGGAACUCUGAAGGAAGACAACAGUGAACUUGGGCUGGGGCCACUGGUAGCCCUGAGUGGCGCGACCUGCAACCGACUCGGUGAUUUAGGAGAAGUCUGAAAGUCGCACCCUCUCCAGACUGGAAAACGUACGCCCACCCUUGCACUUCUGUACCUACCUGACUUUCAAUUUUGGUCUCCAUUCCUGCCCAGAAAGAAAAAUUAUUCUUAAUACCUUUCAAGGUGUGCAAUUGCCCAAAAUGAAAUACAAAAUAUGACACAAUAAUCUAAUAUAAUGCACUGGAGAUUUCGCGGCACUAAGAUAACUAACAUCCCCUUUCUAGUAAUUUUACCAACUAAAUACUUGAUGCCAGUCGUCGGUGCUCCUAUGUCGCACAGGCUGUUAUGCCACAUUGAUGCCUGCCCUUAAGCGUGUGAAUGUCGCAAACACACCCUGGGGCAGUCUGGUGCAAUGUAGUGGAGCGAGAAGAACGACCUCGAUAUCGAUGUGUUGCCAGUUGUUCACGCUGCUAUCUAGUGUCCUUGUGUUCCUCUGCUGUGCCAGGUGGAUAUUAAUUCGCUAAGUGUAGUUUCCAAAAUUUGUUGUGUUUUCUUUAAUUGUUAAUUAUUGAUUCAAUUCUUAUAAUUUGUCUUAAUUAAAGUUUAUUCACUAUGCGAUCAGGCCCCAAAUCUCAGCCCUAAUCGUGCCUGCGCUCUGUGUACUUCGCACGGGCCUGGCAGCUGCAGGAGGCUACCAGUCUUCGCUUGCCCGGCGCAGAGGUCGGGUGCAUCUAUGCACGCACCACGGGGUCAUCACCGUUUUGUUCGUAUGACUUAGUUGCAAUAGUGUAAGUACAUCCUACUCCUCUUUCAUCAGCCUCGUGGCUGGCCUCACCUCGGUGCCGCUUUAAAGAGCUCACCGAUUAACAUAUACUUUUUAUUUCGCAACCGCUCAUUCGUGAAUUUUAGCUUCACUGCUCUUGUAGCCAAUGGGCCGCAUGUGAGCCUAUCCUCGGGCAGGAAGCUGCAUUUGUGAACUGUUUACUUUCUCUCGCACUGAGCCAUCCAUGGACGAAUCGUGUAGAUGCUUUCCUAACUUAAUGUAAUUCGUAUUAAAUGUUUCGUCGGACUUCUUCUGUAAGCCAUGUCACCACAUGAGGAAUGUAAAUGUGGGAGCAUUCACCCAUGCUUAACCUUCGAUACACUUAGCAUCCUUAGCAACAUCGUAGCCGUUUUAAUUAAUAUAAUAAUAGUUAAUAAUCCGCAAGACGUAGCAGAAGUUUGUUGUGUGCGUACCUUCUUUGGGAUUCUGUCCAUAUGUUCUUACUUAUUAUCGGUACAUGCUUAGCUUUUCGACUCAGCGACCCAGCUUCUUCAGAUGUUUUUGUUGUUUUUGUCUGAUUAUCGGUGCAUAAUUUAAAUUUGCACUUCUCCAGGUACUCAGAUAAUUUUUCACACCCCCAAAUACAGACUAAGACCUUCUCAUAGGCAGAAUAUUGCAGUUUGGGUCCUAGUAACAGCUGGCUACCAUAGGCCACCAGGUGCAAAAUACCAUUGACUUCCUGACUGAGCACAUCUAGAGUGAGCUCACUCACAUCGACAUGCAAGGUAAAGGAGCUAUUAAAGUCAGGCAACACUGUGCACUGGUUAGCACUUGCUUUAAUUUUUCGAAGCUCCUUUUCUGCUCAAAAAAUCACAAUACACUGAACAUUACGAACAACAUGGAAGUAAGUUAUCGCGCCGAAACAAUCAGCAACUCUUCCUUGAGAGGAGCUCAGAGGGCAUGAACUAAGUAACCUGCGAGCAGCUUACUUCCGUGAGUAAAACGGUCAUAUGACAAACUGUUUCCGGCAAGUAAAUCGUGCAAGGUCGCCCUGAGAGUUAAACGAACCUACCAAAUAUUGUAGUUAAACCAUAUAGUAAACUCAGGCCUUUUUAACAUGGGGAACUUUAGCGAUACCCGAUUGCAGUUAUCCUAGCGGUUCAGCCUGAAGAAUGCCCGCAAAAUUCAAAUUCCCUUGUAUUACAAUGGGCGAAUUUGUCACAGACUUUCUCUUGUAGAUUAAAAUUUUGUUGUCAUAGAUUAAAUAAUUUACACUUCAUAUGUUUGUAUGAAAAUUAUGUGUUCAUAAACGAAAUAAGUUUUCGUAAUAAAAAAAUAUAUAUAUUGAUUAAUGAAAAUUAACCUAACUUUGAUAAUGCGACUGAACUGAGAACUAAAGAAAUAUUUGGUAAAAAAAAUCCUUUUAUUCAGUUGAAGAAUACCUUAGGGUAUAAGCAUAUUAAUAUGUUGGUUUUUGUAUUUCAGCAAGUAUGGUGGUUAGGAUGUAUCAGCAACCUAAAUAAUAUUGCCAAGACAAAGAUUGUAGUAUCCAGGAGUGUGGUUAUGUUUUGUAUUUAAGAUUUGUGUUUGUCUAUAUGUUUUAAUUUUUUGUUUGUAUUUUGUAUUAUGACAACUCCCUUCUAGUAUGUACUGGAGAAAACAGGAGGCAACCAAAUAAAUAAAAAAUAAAUAAA